CCCAUAACCGGUACUGUCGCCUCUCUCAUCUGAUUUCUUCGUUGGCAGCUGAAAAUUGCGCUCCAUUACUCUCCGCAGCUUCCCUCGAAUUUCAAUUUCAUAGCCUUUUCCUGUGAAUCCCAGAGAGAGUAAGCGUCCGCUAGUUUUCAAAGGGGCGAGUAAGCAAGAUGACCACCAUCCGCCGCUUUUGCUGCAACGAUCUCCUUCGCUUUGCCUCCGUCAACCUAGACCAUCUUACUGAGACCUUCAAUAUGUCUUUCUACAUGACCUAUCUCGCCAGAUGGCCAGACUAUUUUCAUGUUGCCGAAGGCCCUGGAAACCGAAUCAUGGGUUACAUUAUGGGUAAAGUAGAGGGACAAGGAGAAUCUUGGCAUGGGCAUGUCACUGCAGUAACCGUUGCUCCCGAGUAUCGGCGGCAGCAAUUAGCCAAGAAACUCAUGAAUUUGCUAGAAGACAUCAGCGACAACAUUGACAAGGCUUAUUUCGUUGAUCUUUUUGUGAGAGCAUCAAAUGCACCAGCCAUCAAGAUGUAUGAAAAGCUUGGCUAUGUGAUUUAUCGACGAGUGCUACGCUACUACUCUGGGGAAGAAGAUGGAUUGGAUAUGAGGAAGGCAUUGUCUCGUGAUGUUGAAAAGAAGUCAAUCAUUCCUCUUAAACGACCAAUCACGCCGGAUGAAUUAGAGUAUGAUUAAAUCUGCUUUUUAAGCAACUAUGUUGAAUGAACUUAUUUUUGUGAUUUAAAACAAAUGUUAAUUAGGUAUUAUACUGUAACUAAGUUUGAUUUCCCCAGUUAUUAGAGUUUAAGACCAAUUACAUGUUUGAAAAUUUGAAACAGACACUUCUGGAAAUUAUUCCUGAACUACUUGAAUCUUGACAUUUGUACUUUGUUUUUUUCGGAAGUAACCCUAUGUUCACUUUUUUCGUUUUCAACUUGAAAAGGAAGGUGUGUUGGAAGGGCUAGAAAGUUAAAAUGUUGGCCUGGUAAGAUCAUCUUGCUCAAAACAUGAACUGGAUUCCAAUUCCAAGUUCAACAUAUUCUUUGAUUGUCAUAGUUUGCCAUGCAUUUGUUCCGACCCAUUUAUUAUUUUUAUUGUUAUUGUUCUUAAUUUUAAUAUUCGAAAAUGACAAUUGUAGCCACAUAUUUUAUAGCUUACUUUCUCCUUGUUUCUUGUCCAAUGUGUUAGCUUGAAGUAUCACUUUAUUUAUCAUUUCAUUAGAUAAAUACUGAGCUGUAACAGAAAUGGUGUGCUCUGUAUAAUUAGCUCUCAAUCAUACUAGAAUUUUUGUGCUUGUGGUUUCCAUGUUUUUCCA